CUAUAAACACAAAAGUAGUUUGUCGUGCAGGGUGGGUACACGCGCGCUGCUGCAGCCAAGUCUGCCACUUUAUAUUCUAAUUUUGUCUAAUUCGGACAAAAUAUCACCAGGAUAUCCGAGUGAACACAAAUCUUCUCACUGAGUUGAACUUGGAAGAUUAUUAUCAAAUUUCCAACAACCAUCAUAUUUAUUUUGUCUAAUCGUUGGAGGAUUAUCUCGCACGCGGGACAAUAUUUAUAAUCGGAUUGUGGACACGAGUGAAGAUUAUUUCACUUUCAAUACUUAUUAACUGUACUUCGUGUGGAAAAUAAGUGAAAAAUCAGUCAAGAUGCAGGAAUACAGUGGCCAGACGAUGACUUCGAGUUAUUUCAAGGCGCAGCCGACAAUCGGGUCAAGUUUUCUACCACCCCUUGAGAGCACGAUGCGCGCCUCCUACAAGAGCUAUGCCCCACCAUUCGUGGUGAGCCAAUCCCUCCAACUCCCAUGGAAGCCUUCGGCAAGCUACCGUGGAGCCCAGCAGUCCAUGCCCAUGACCCGAAGUGCACCGGAGCUCAACCCGAGCACCCUUUACCGAGAUGAUACCAUGAUGAAGGUACCCCCAUUGAUGCCUUCCGCGAGGACCGCCCUGUUCUCCAAGUACACCCCUCAUGACUGGUUCAAGAGCAACAACACCAACUACCGAUCCUCCGAUAUGACACGAGGUGCCGCCCAGCGACUUCGAGACGAGAACGUUCGCAUCUGCCAUGACACCGACGCCCGAACCGUCAAGACGCAGCAAGAAUCAAGCAAGAAUCUUGGUGAUCGUGUCUGCGACAUCAACUUCUGGAAGUCCGAGGUCACCCACGAGUUGGACGAGAUGGGUAGGGAGAUCAACGAUGUCACAGAGUGGAAGAGGAGGCUGGAGAAUGCGCUGAAGAAUACCGAAGGCCCCCUCCAGAUCGCACAGGAAUGCCUCUUCAAUCGAGAGAAAAGACAAGGAAUAGAUCUCGUCAACGAUGCCGUCGAGAAAGAACUUAUCAGGGAAGUCAACACGAUAAGGAAGAGUCAAGAUCACUUGAAGAAGAUGAUUGAUAGAGCAAACAGUCAACUAAGUAUGGACCGAGCAGCACAACACGAGCUUGAGAAGGACCUAACUGAUAAAUUCCGUGCUCUAUCUAUUGAUAACAAGUGUCAUCAGCUCAGCAACACCUCAUCAGGGCUUGGAUACUUCCGAGGAGUGGAAGGCGUUGAUCAGACUGUGACUGUUCCCGAGAGUUGGGCCAAGUUUAGCAACGAUAACAUCCUUCGAUCGCAACGGGAACGUAACUCCUCCAAGGGAUUACGAUCCGAUAUCGACUCAUCCCUCCAGGAAACUUCAAAUGACAUGUGGACCCAGUACAACACUGUCAAUGUGGCUUUCUCUGGGAGGAUUGCAGAGACCAUGGACGCCAGGAAUAGCAUUCAGGCUCAUCUUGCUAAGGUUCUUCAAGAGAUUAAUGAGAUGGAGAAUAACAUAUCUCUUCUCCGUAAGUCUAUCAAGGACAAGGAAGCACCGAUGCAGGUUGCUCAGAGCAGGCUAGAGAACAGGACAAGGAGACCCAACGUGGAACUUUGCAGGGAUCAACCUCAACACAGGCUUGUUCAUGAGGUCGGAGAAAUCUACGAGACCGUUGACAUUCUUCAGAACCGCCUGCGCGCCGCCGAAAGCGCUCUGCAAGAACUCCUCCGCACCAAGACAACCUUGGAGCACGAUCUUGGAGUCAAGAAUAACUCCCUCUACGUCGACAAGGAAAAAUGCAUGGGAACCAGGAAGACCUAUCCCACGACAGCUAAGCUAGCUGGGUAUAGAGGCCAGUGAGAACUAUAUAAUUAGACUCUGCACCAAGAUGUGUAGUUUGUCGAAAAAAUAGACAGGACUGCGAUAUUUAUGAUAUAAAAUAUUUCAGCUGCUUUGAUGCGGGACAUCUGUCUUUAUGUGAUACUACUCACUAUGUUUUGCCUUGGACUUGGUAUAUUUUUCGCCAAAUGCAGCUACUUUGCUAUCUUAUUAUCCUCCAGAUAGGGAUUGUAAGUCCUAUUUGUACGGUCAGUAAAGAUGGCGAUCGUGACAUUAAAACGAAUCCAUGUGCAGGCAGCGCUUGAAUUUUUGUUUAAAUCUGGCCUCAAAAUUAAGACAUUGGAUUUGAUUCAUAACAUGGUAUUGUUCCAGCCAUCAACCUUUUUUUAAAAAAUAAGGCUCUCUAUGAGUAUUUUUAUGUAUCUUUAUGAAAGUCGAUAUCGUUUUUUCUCAUUUUGUUUCCAAUGUUGAAAACUGAAAAGAGUUUGAAAAGAAACGUAAUGCUUUUACGACACAAAUCUGUUAUAAGGUGUGCUCAAAUAUCAUGUUCUUGAUGAAAGUCUUAACUUGACAAGUUUUUAAAGCUUGAGUCAGUAUGCCUUUUUAAAUCAGGCCAUACUUUUAAUAGAAUAGACAGGC